AUGUCUCAAGCGCCUUUUACUCCCGACAGCGAGUUUGCCGCCCUGGAGACUCCCCGCGUCUCGACAGGCAGUCUGUCCAUCACCGCCUUAGCCCGGUUCGAAUUCGAAGCCGGCAAAGCCAAUGAGGGAACGAAGAUCCUGAUGAUUGAAUGGGAAGAUGAUGAUCUGACUCGGUCCUCCACUGGCGGCACCUGGCAUGUCUCCUGGGAGGGCAAACAGGCCGUGCUCCCCGCGGACGAACGAACCAACGACCACAAGCGUCGCGUAUACUUCCUCCUCCCGCCUCACGUUACUAUUCCGCCCGUGGUCAGCGUGUCGUACGAGCCGCCGGCUACUGAGUCUGCAUCUAAGAGGCACUCCCUCCAGCUGAACCCCUUACCCGCCAUCUUCCCGCCAGAAUUGGGUGCCGACGGGCGAUCCGCCGGGAAAAAGGGCGUUCUGCACACCAUCUGGGCGAAGAAACGGCUGCAGUCCUUGGACAAGGAGAUUCGGGAUGAGUGUCUGACGAACGUGGAGGGGAUCGCCCUGCACAUGGCAUUGCAAGAGAAGGAGUGGAUCGAGUCGAAUUUCGGAGUCGGGCCCAAUGCAGAGUCGCAGAGGAGCUCCGUCCAGAGUCACCCUGACCUGCACUACCCCAUGGGCCCGACCACGCCAGUCUCGCCCAGCACCGGCGGAGGAAAGCUAGGAGAGAAACUGAAGGGACUGCGAUUACAGACGAGUCAGCGCGAGUUGUCUCCCAAGUCGGACGGAACAACAGCGGCCGCACGCCAUCUUCUUUCCCCCCAAUCGCCGGACGUCGCCGUCUCGUCCUUCAACUCUUUCCACCGUCUCCAGCAGCCGACGCCGAAAUCCGAAACGCCAGAGCCCAUCCGGACGAUCGUGCAUUACCCGCCUGAGUCGAUCCAAGCGCAACAGAGCCGCGACGAGAACAACAACGGCUUCGCGUCGAUGAGCACGAUCGCGCGCACCUCCAGCGCCGAUUCGGGCGAAGAACUGUUCGCCAAAGCACUCAGUCCGCGGUCGCCGGAUCUCCCCCGGAGUCCGUUUUCGUUUGCGCCCGAACGAGUGAUGUAG